GAGGCUGCGGGAGGGAGAGCGCGAUGGGCCGCGGCGGUGGGCGCACUCUCUACGGGGACUCAUGCCACGCGCGUCCCGCUCCGGCGCGCAAUUAGCAGCCACCUCCGCAGCCCACCGCCACCACCUCCUCGCUCUCCAGGGCGGCCGCGGCGAAGAGCUGCAACCGUCGCCUCGCAGAGGCUGCCGGCAUUGUCCUCCCGGUCCGCCGCCAAGGCUACCGCUGCCGCCGCGGGCUGCUGCGGGGCCCCGGACCCGCGCCCCAGGGACGCGCCGCCGCCUUCGCCGGCCCGGCUCCCGGCCGCCGUUUGGUGAUUUCUGCGCCUUGCGCUCCCUAGCCACUCUCUCCUAGGUUUUUCUUGCAAGGCUGAGGAAGAGGAGAAGUCGUCCAGCCGCCAAGCCCAGGCUUUCUCCGGCGCGCAGCCCCGACGGGGCCGCGGCAGGCGCGGCGAGAGCGCCGACGGAGCCAUGAGAGAGUACAAAGUGGUGGUGCUGGGCUCGGGCGGCGUGGGCAAGUCCGCGCUCACCGUGCAGUUCGUGACCGGCUCCUUCAUCGAGAAGUACGACCCCACCAUCGAGGACUUCUACCGCAAGGAGAUUGAGGUGGACUCGUCGCCGUCGGUGCUGGAGAUCCUGGACACGGCGGGCACCGAGCAGUUCGCGUCCAUGCGGGACCUGUACAUCAAGAACGGCCAGGGCUUCAUCCUUGUCUAUAGCCUCGUCAACCAGCAGAGCUUCCAGGACAUCAAGCCCAUGCGGGACCAGAUCAUCCGCGUGAAGCGGUACGAGCGUGUGCCCAUGAUCCUGGUGGGUAACAAGGUGGACCUGGAGGGCGAGCGAGAGGUCUCGUACGGCGAGGGCAAGGCCCUGGCCGAGGAGUGGAGCUGCCCCUUCAUGGAGACGUCGGCCAAAAACAAAGCCUCCGUGGACGAGCUGUUCGCAGAGAUUGUGCGGCAGAUGAACUACGCGGCUCAGCCCAACGGCGACGAGGGCUGCUGCUCGGCCUGCGUGAUCCUCUGAGGCGCCCGCGGCUGCCGCGCGCCGGCCGCGCUCUGCGCACAAAAGCCAAACGCACCCGACUCUAAAUGUGAUUUCUCUUCUUGCUUUGAGAUUGGAGACGACUUUGCAUUGGCCGGGGUGUCCCGGGAGCCCGGCUGGCCUCCGCGGCCAGCGUCCCCUGCCUCCGCCCCGUGUCCGAAGGGGUGCCCCGUCCUCACCAUCCGAGACCCGGUGGAAAUGUGGCUCUUGGAAUCAUGUACGUUUCUCAUUGAUUUUGGUUGACGCAUAUUUCCCCGUUUAAAUAGCCGUUAGGGCGAUGUAUUGGCAGCUUGACACCGGCAAGCGAAAGUUUCAGCCUGGAAAAAAAAAAUGGGGUGGGGAGGAAGAGUACGGGGAGAAGGUGGAAAGGGAGGGGGGAUUUUUGUUUGUUUGUUUUUUCCCCCAACAACCUUUUCUAGUUCCAAGUUUUAAAUACAUGGAAGGAAGUCCGAGAGAACCAAAUGAAGGAGCAGGAGGAAGGGAAGAAACUUUUGUUUUUUCCUUGUUUUCCAGGAGUAGCUGGAAAUUAAGAUCGGGUUCCUUUUCUGCCAGCUUGGAAGGGCAACCCUGUGACUGAUUGUGAUUUUAAGGAUGUCUAUGCAAAGUUGGAUUCUUGUUACAGUGUAUCCAAUCUGAAGUAUGCACAUCUGAACUGGGACUGUAAACACUGAUGCCAAUACAGUGUGGAGUGCCAGAAAGUGUCUGCUGAUAUUUGUGGAAAAAAAAAUCUAUUUUGUUUACCUACUGUAUCAAAGGGGAGUCUGGGGGAGAACGGUAGUAUUUUUUUUUUUAAUCAGCUGUGAAAAAAAUGUUACAGAUCUGCACAUUUUUGUGUGUACUAUUGUGUGUGUGUUUUUUUUUUUUUUUAAGUUUAGCCUUUUGUUCUUUUUGGUUGGCAGUGACAGGUUUUGAUGACUAGCUCUUUAAAAUACAGUACAAAGACUUCAAAAAUGUGAUUCAGGGCCCCCAGCACCCCUGUGUCUGCAGAGUGCCUUCAAAACUCAGCUGUUCCAGCCGGUGCCAACCUGUGAACUUCCCACCAUAUCCCAGAAUCUGCUAUUCCCCAGACCACUUCCUAGUUUCCUUUCUGUAAUCUUCCUGAAGGAGCCAGGACAAUAGGGCCUGUUGUUUGGUGAAUUUCUUUAUUAUUUCCAGCCUUUAAAAUGUAAUUUCCAUGUCUUGCAAUGGGUUGUUUUUUUUCCCCUUCUUUCUUAUUUUGCUUCAUUUUGUUCAAAUGUUCAGGUAUUUAGCUCCCCUUUUAUAUUAUUUUUUUUUUAAUUUUGGUUAUCUGUUCUAGGGUGUUCCUCCAGAAGCAAAGAGCAAAAUUUUACUGUUGUGAUGUACCAAGAGAAUUCUAACUAAUUGUAAUUUUUAAUUCCAGACACGCGUUUAAUCAUUGUCUCUUCAUUUUAAGACUUUUAAUACAAAUGUCAUUUUUAAAGAAACAAACCCGAAACUAUUGUUUGUGUUUCUGUGUUUCAUAUUCAGUGAUUUAAUAUAGUACCCUGGCUGAGGUGGAUAGGGGCAGGUGCAUGAUGCCCCCAACAGAAAUACCUCAGUGGCAAGUUGGGUGACAUUACUUCCAACUCCUUAAAUACGGAAAAAAAUCAUAAAGGUCUAGGAAGCCCUGGGGGGGUAUGGCCAUUAUCAGGUGACUACAAGAUAAGCUGGAUAUUGAAUCUGUUGUGCUGACAGGGAGUAGUUUACCUCACUGUGGGUAGAGAAGGGGAGAAACCAACUGCUAAUACUGCCUUAGAAUUGGUAAAGUCUCCAAUCACCUGGCCAGGUAGGGCAGCACUUUUAACUUUUCUUUUCUUUCUUUCUUUUUUUCGUUCGUUCGUUCUUUCUUUCUUUCUUUUUUUAAUGUUUUGUUUAAUUACAUCACAUACCAAGUCAAAAAUAUGUUUGAGGAAGAUGAUUUCCAAUCCUGAAGUCGUACCUAGUAGUAUUUUCUACAGUACAUUUAUAUGCAGACAGUAUCUUAAUACUUGAGGUUUUGAUUUGAAAAUAGAUCAUUAUAUUAAAAAAGAGAAAAAACUUAAGAUAAACCCCCUACUCCCCUUAAACUGCAAUUUGUGGACCAUUUUGACCUCAUGAAAUUUUCCUCCUAACAGUAGGAGGCAGUGUGAGCUUCUUCUAUUUUAUUUCAGUUAAGGGCCGCUUUACUAAUAUAACCUCUGUAGAAUAAAGAAAGUAUAUGACUACACAUCAAGAACACGUGAUACACCUUAGCUGUGUGAAGUGUAGGUGAAGUCUUCUGCUGGGAAAGCCAAAAGAAGUUACAGGCCACAGGCAUCUCUAAAGCUGUAUUAACAUCUUGCCUUAAAAUGUGUCCUUUGCCCAGGUGACCUUCAUUCUUCCAGCUUGGAGGAGGAAUAGAGAAUUGGCCUGUGACAGUCAUGUGGCCAUUUUUUUUUUUCAUUCUUGAUCUCACAUAAGCUUAGAAUCACUCAGUUGAAAGGCAGUAUGUAUAGGAUAAAUUAGAAAUUAAGAGAACUCAAAAUUUAUGUCUUCGCAAAUACUAAGUCUUGCAUUUGAGUACAUUUCGGUAGAUCUAAAGUGUUGAAAAUUCUGAAGAGCCAUGCCAAGUACUAUGUGAAGGAUUUUUUUAAAAAGGCACUUGGUGACUGUUUCUUACAACUUUGUUGUGUUUUUGGGGUUUUUUUUGAGAAACCUUUGACAUAAAGUGCUGCCAAAUAUCUGGCUAACUUAAGAUAAGUAUAUAUUCCUGAAAGGGAAUAUUUGAAAACGACAAAUUGGAAACGAACUAGGUUGCUGAGUGCAUUAAUCAUCUUCACACAAGAUUUAGUCACUUGCAUGACUAAAUACUUUAUAGGUCUGAGAUGCCAGGGCAGAAGAUUUUCAUAAGCUUUUACUGAGUACUGUAAAAUAAGUGCUUUCUGGAUUCUCAAUGAAAGCAAUUUUGUGUGUGUGCCUGGAGCAGAAAUGUAGUAGUUCUGGGUUUUGUAGCUUUCUCCAUUAUUUUUCUGACAAAAUUGAGAGACAUUGAGGGCACUGUUUUAAAGAAUAUGUCCACUUAUUUGGCUAGUAAGAGCCCCUUGUAGUAAUAAGGUGUGAAAAGAUAGGCUCAUUUGUUUCCAUGAAAAAGUUGGGUUGACAUGAGAGUGUUAAAGGAAAGUUUGCCCUAAGGCAAUCGCCUGCCCCAACAGAAACUGGGUGGGAAAGGAACCUUUAUCUUGGAGAGCAAAAGUUAACUUUUAAAUUUGACCCCUGCUGUUUUUUUAACAACUUUUCCUUUUGGUCCCUGUCAUCCAAGCUUUCUGUCAUCUCAAAGGAUUAUUUUUGUCCUCCUUUGGUAAGAACCUCAGAAAAAUAGAAGGUAUCGCCAUUGGAAGUCUAACAUUGUCAUGUUUGGGAUUUAUGGCUUAAGUAAAACAAUUUCUGGGCUGUUAAAAUUAGAAAUAGACUUCACUGAAUCACAUAUUAGGAUCAGAUCUGUUUGGGGUUAGAAUUCUUUAAAAAUAUGAGGCUUCGUGCUUCCUGACUAGUUAACCUUUUCUGCAGGAGGGGAUCAGAAAAUGGCUCAUUUCUUUGGCCUGUUCUGGUAGUUUCAUAAAUGUUUUCUCUAGCAUGUCAUUGCACCUUUUAAGUCAAAGUCCAGUAUAUCUCACAGGUAGGGUGGGAAAGCGAGAGAACACUGCUUCUAACAGCUGACGUUGAGAAAUAGAUGCAAGAUGUCACAAAAUAUAUAUUUACUUUUCACAGAAGCUGGAAUAAGCCGCCUACUUAUAAAGGAAGCAAAGAUUUAAUUUAGAGAUCACCAGUGUUAGUUAAAAUGAUCUCUAACAUUUGUCACACUGUCCACUUAAUUGGGAAAAGCUUGCUAAUAUAAAUGUCCUUGUGAAAAUACAGCAAAUUUCUAAAUACUACUGAUAGAAUGUGGUAUUUUUUAUUAUGAGAUUUUACUCAGACUACUGGGAAUAAUUGAGUGCAUUUGACUGAACGUGGUGCUAGUUCCAGAAGAUGUAUCUGAUUUAAAAACAAUGGAUUUUGAUGGUUUGAGAAGGCUUUAGGAUUAUCUAGCCAGAGGUUUUUAAACUUGUCUACAUAUCAAAAU